GUCGCGCUUCCGGGUGGAGCGCCCCGAAUAAGGCGGCGUGGGACGGGCGACAUAUCAACGUGAAUAAGGCAAAUUGAGGCGGUUUUCCCGUCUGUGAGAGGCGCACUUGCAGUCCUAUAUGUAACGAUAACGCAGCUAGAAAGCUGAAACUGGAGAGUUCGUACAUCCCUGACUAAAUACAGGGAAAGGUCGGAACGAUUUAUGUACGGCUUUGUCCGCCUCGGCCUGUCAAAGCUCCCGGCUGUGCGACUUCACACAAUCCACCCGUAUCCGUGACAGAGGGGGCAGCGAUGGCACUGGUGCAGACGUUGACCUCUGCCAGCCCGAUGCCGGCGGUGCCCGCGCCCGCGCCGGCGCCCGCCUGCGCCGCCGCGCCCGCCUCGCCGCCGGCCGCGCAGCAGGACGACGAGCCCGUCAUCGACAUCGUCAUCAACAACGUGGUCUCCAGCUUCAGUGUCAGCUGCCACCUGGACCUGAAGCACAUCGCGCUCAACGGACACAACGUGGAGUACCGCCGCGAGAACGGGAUGGUGACGAUGAAGCUGCGCCGGCCUUACACUACCGCUUCCAUGUGGUCGUCCGGCAAGAUCACCUGCACCGGCUCGACGUCGGAGGCGGAGGCCAAGGUAGCCGCCCGCCGCGUGGCGCGCUACCUCCAGAAGCAGCUGGACUACCAGGUGCGCUUCCGCAACUUCCGCGUGGUCAACGUGCUGGGCACGUGCACCAUGCCCUUCUCGAUCAAGAUCGCCGACUUUUCGCAGAAGUACCCGCGCAUCGCUUGUUACGAGCCGGAGCUGCACCCUGGCGUGACGUACCGUGUCAACCACCUCAAGGCGACGCUGAAGGUCUUCUCGACGGGCAGCAUCACUGUCACAGCGCCGUCCGUGUCGGCCGUGCAGCAGGCGAUCGAGCACAUCUUUCCGCUGGUGUACGAGUUCCGCAAGGACAAGUCGCCGUCGGACGUGGCGGCGGCUGCGGCGCGCGCCCGCUCGCUGCGCGCCGACUCGGACCUGGACGGCGGCGGCUCCUCCACUCCGCUGAUGACCUUUGUCGUGCCGAAUCCGUUCCUGUCGAGGACGAUACCUCCCGGACGGUACGGAUAG